AAUUACGUAGUCAUAGUGCUCUUAAGCAUAAAAUAACACACACACACACACAUAUGUACUAUAGAGGAUACGAUUUGGAGGUGUAAAUAAGAUACACUCAUUUAGCAUUGAUUUUCCGCUCUUACUUUUUUUUUCAAAAGAAAAAACCGGUAAAUAGUGAAAUAACAAGUAAAGAACAAAGCAAAGUAAUGAGAAAUAAGCAAUAAAAAUCAGAUAUACUUAUACGUAUGUAUGUUUGCAUGUAAGAACAAUUGUAUUUCUGAGUUAAAAGGAAACAAUAAAGGUAAAUGGAAAACAAAGAAAACAAUCAAAUAAGGAGUUGAAAUAAACGAGAUAGAAAAAAACAGAAUACAUCAAAGAGUUAAAGAAUCAAGUGUGCAGUACAACCGAUAUACAUAAAUACAUAAAUAAAUAAAUACGCGCAUAAACCGUGUGCAGUGAAUUGUGAAACGAAAUUUGCAUAUUUAAUCGUGUAGCAAUAACAAAAGCCAGCAACAGAAGCAAAAGCAACAGAGCAACAGCAACAAUGCCUGAAGCCAAAUCCAUCUUCCCUUUCGUUUAUACACCGGAACCGCCCAAGAAGGCGGCAAUCAUAAAAGUCUCUUGCGGCAUCGGUGAUACGGACGGAUUUCCCGCCUUUGAUGUUGACUCAGAUGCUUAUGCGGCCAAAGAUGAUCCCAAAUGGGGUUUCCUAAUCACGGGCGGUGCAGAAUUUCACAUGCCGCUGACGGUAUUUCAGGUAACGCCCGACGGUUUAGCGGACAAAGGCGGCAUCCGCUUGGGUGACAUCAUACUGGAAAUAAACGAGGAGGAGGCCACGGACUUGACACUUACGCAGGCACACGAGAAAAUUGAAACUUCCGGCAAGAAAAUCCAUUUCCUAGUGAAGAACAUGGAGGAAGAUCAGGAUUUCGAAUUGGGCGAGGAGAAGUCGAUUGUGCUGCGUGUGCCGAAGCCGGCGCCACCGCCGAGAGAGUUCAACCCAACCCCAUUGCUAGGCAGCCGUUUUUGGCAUCCCAUAAUGUGGCACGAUCCACCCGAGCCACCAAAACCGAAGAAAAAGAAAACCAAAACCGAAAUCGAUGAAGAGGGCAAUGAAGUUAUCAUUGAAUUGAGUGAAGACGAGUCCUCUGAGGAAGAAGAGGAAAAGGAAUUGCCACAUCAUCGUAUCAUACGUAAUAUACGCCGCUUCUUCGCCGAGGUGGGCGACAAUCACGAGUUGAAGGAACGCACCAUUGAGGAUAUGCUGCUGGCGCUGCCCACAGCUUCGCGUUCCACAAAGCCAGCAACGCAACCGAGAGAGGAGCCUAGAGGUCGGCGUAACGCAGCAAAUGCCAAGCGAAGAGGAAGAACAGGAGGCCGUGGUCGCAAAUCGGCAAAGGAUUCCGAUGACGAAGAUGAGGAUGAAGACGAAGAUAAAUAUGAUGAUAGUGAUGAGGAUUAGUGCGGCAAAGGGUGAUUAGUCUGUCAAGAAAAUGAUUGCGUUUUAAAAUCUCAUUCGCUUUGUAUACCAUAAAAAGAAUAAUGUUAAUAAAUUGAUAUUUAUUUUUGCUGACAAGCAAGGGAUUAUAACUAAUUUGACGAUGAAAGAAGGAAAUGAAUGAGCAGAGUGGAAAUUAAGUAUAACCUGCUUAGAAAUAGCCGAUGUUCGUAAUAAAUAUGUAUGCUUUAUCUCUUAAGGGGAAUUUGUUUGUCAAGUUUGCACGAAAUUAAGCUGAAUGAGUUACAAUACUAAUAGUUAAAAUUGAAUUAACACAAACAAAUUGCAAGAAUAAUUUAUGUUAAUUAAACAGCUUUUUUGAAAUAUCGAACAAUUUAAAUUGUU